UAUCGUAUUCGAUAUGCACCGCAAGCAGGCACAUCGACUGCCACUUACUUUGAGCGAAUGGCUGGAAUCGAGGAAAAGUUUUAUGAAAUAUGGAAAGACAUGUCACUGAAUGAUAGUCUAAGUGAUGACGAACGGGCAAAACUGGCAGUGUGGGACUAUCCAGUCAGCGACAAGUACACCAAAAUAUGGUCACAAAUUCUUGAAGCAAAGAUGCCACAAAGUUGGGCAGAAGGUCUUCGGCGUGUGAAGAAUGAUGAGCAAAACAGUGAACAGUUUGCUUUCAUCUCCGAAUCGACAAUGGUCAAGUACGCUGUAAUGACCAACUGUGACCUGCAAAACAUCGGCAAUGAGUUUAGUAGAAAACCACUGGCUCUGGCAGUGCAACAGAACUCGGACCUGAAGGACAAACUGAGCAGUGCCAUACUCAAGUUACUCAAUCAAAGGCGACUUGAAAAUUUAAAAGAAAAAUGGUGGAAUCGAUUACCAGAGAGAAUCGACUGUCAAGACUCGAAGAAGCAGAGCGACGGUAUUUCAAUACAGAACAUUGGCGGUGUCUUUAUAGUAAUUCUCAUUGGAGUGGUCUUGGCAUGUGUCACCUUGGUCGUCGAGUACUGGUACUUCAAGGGAAAGGAGUCAAAAGUGGGCAACGAGCCGACCAGAGCUAAUGUGCUGGGAUUUGACUUGAAGAAAGGCGAACAGCCAAUGCCACCAAUGCAUAUCAACAACAACCUAGCUGACCAGAAAUUAAUCCUCAGACACUUUCAAGCAAAGAAUUCCUUUUUUAAUAACAACAGUAAUUGA